AUGGAGCACACAUGCACUAGGAGCUACAAAAACCCUAGGUGUUCUGCCAACUUCCUUGCAAAGAAGUUGAUGAAGAAGGUAAGGAGACAACCUGAUAUUGAGCUAAGGGACAUUCAACAGGUUGUGCAUGAGAAAGAUGUUGUAAAUAUCAAUGCAGGAAAAGCCAGCAGGGCUAGGGAAAAGGCCCAGGAGUUUGUUGAUGGGUCCUAUGUAAAGCAAAACAAUCAAUUAUGGGAUUACUAUGCAGAACUGAGGAGGUCCAGCCCUGGCAGUACAGUUCUAAUGAAGACAUACACAUUCAAUGAAGGUGAGUUAGCAGUUGAGAUGGACUUACAGGGGUUCAAGGUAGGUUAUAGGCCAAUAAUUGGGUUGGAUGCUUGUCACCUAAAGACCAAGAUAGAGGGCCAACUGAUGGUUGCAAUUGCCAGAGACCCCAAUGAAGAAUAUUUCCCUCUAGCAGUUGUAGUGGUGGAAGCAGAAACCAAGGACUCAUGUAUUUGGUUUAUAAAUUUGCUUCUAACAGACAUUGGUAAUGAGAAAAGGUGGACAUUCAUAUCAGACCAGCAAAAGGGGUUGGUGCAGGCAUUUGCAGACAAAUGGCCACAGUAUGAGCACAUAAUUUGUUGUAGACAUUUGUACAACAAUUUGAGGAAGCAGCAUCCUGGCAUAAUGAUUAGGGAGUUGUUUUGGAAAGCAGCUAAAGCCACAUAUGCACAUGAAUUUGAAAGGAUAAUGAAUGAGAUGAAGGACAUUGAUGAGGGUGCAUAUAAUUGGUUGAAAGGACAUAGCACAAUAGUAUGGGCUAGACACAUGUUCAGAACUGAUGCAUUGAGUGACACUAUCAUCAACAACAUGUGUGAAAGUUUCGAUAGCAGGAUACUGAAAUUUAGGGGGAAACCCAUCAUUAGCAUGCUUGAGGACAUAAGGUUAUACCUAAUAAGCAGAUUCCAGCAAAACAGAAACAGUAUUAUGAGGGUUGAAUCUGAGCUCUACCCUAAAAUUUGUAAAAGGCCACAUAGGGAGAAGGUGGGCAAUGGUAGGUGGUUAGCCUGUUGGGCUUCUGACACCAAAUUCGAGGUGAAGAAUGGACUACAAAUCUUCAUUGUAGACCUGGCUAAGGGGGUGUACAGCUGUAGGAAAUGGGAUAUCACUGGUAUCCCAUGCUGCCAUGCAAUUUCAUGCAUAUUCUUCAAUAGAGAGCAAGCUAAGAAAUACACUAAUGCCUGCUACCACACCAGCACAUACAAAGCAUGUUAUGAGCACACCAUUGAUCCACUCAAUAGUGCCAAUAUGUGGACCUCAACUGGUCUCUCCCCUGUGCAACCUCCCAUAAAGAGAAAGCCACCAGGCAAGCCCAAGAAGAAGAGAAUCUUAGAACCCAAUGAACCAAGGAGGGGUCACUACAAGGGCUUAGGUAUUGCCAAGAGGUGCAAGUCCUAUGGGAAGAUAGACCACAACAAAAGAAGCUGUAAGGGUGAGGUUAGAGGUAAUUCUUCACUGCUUGGUGCCCAAAACCAAAGAAGGCAUAGACCAAUGCAGACAAAUGGCAAUGACCAAAGAGCAACCCAAGAGCAACCAAAUGCUACAAGUAUGCCAUCAAGCCAACAACCUAGGACCAACCAGCAAGGCACUAGGCCAUCAAAGUUGCAACCUAGAAGCAGCCAACAAGGCACAAGACAGUCAAACCAGUAG